AUGGCGGAGACAGCGGCUCCGUUACCCGCGGAGCGCGGGGAGAAGCUCCCCUGCUCCUGGCGAUACGUCUCCGUGUGCAUUCUGCUCCCAGCCAUGAGUGGAGGGUUGAAUUCCUUUGUCUAUUCGAGUUACUCGCUCUACUUCCGGGAGAUGGGGUGGGACCUCGGGAUUGCGGGGGUUUGCCUCGGUUUUGGAGCCCUUGGAAAAAUCUUCUUCCAACAGUUGCAGUUGCGUCUUGGACUUUGGACAGCCGUGCCCAUGGCAGCCACGCAUGUCAUUUUGGCGAUCCUCGUCACCAUCUUCCCUGACAAGCUCUGGGCCGUGCUUGGGCAGUUGCUUGCCAUCCAGUUCUUUGACACGGUUGUGACAGUUGAGGUCAUUUGCUUUGAGGUCUUCGCUGGCUCAGAGAUCCUGGCGCGGCAGGCGGCGGCCGCAUUGCUUGCCAGCUGGACCGUAGGCUACGCAGGCUCGGCCACCUACGGUGGGAUCAUCUACGAUCUUUGGGGCUGGACCGGCAUGUCCUGGUUCGAUAGCAUUGCGUCCUCACUGUUCUUGCUCCUCAUCUUGACCAUGCCGCCAGUGAGGAACUCGUGGAGCAGGCUGCGAGCAAAGGGUCCGGCAGCCGAGACGCAGCGGUGUGCGGACUCCGCCCCAAGCGACGACGCCACCCGGGCUCAAGGCAUGGCAGUUGUGGAUCUGCACGUGGAUCUGGAUGUGCUGAACUGGCCCGUAGCAUCAGAAAUGGGAAUGCCCACCAACCGCGCAGAAGAGGCGCCAGAAAAAGCGGAGGUCCAGCUGGAGAAGCCGGCUUCCUCCCAGACCUCGCCGAGCACAAGGAGCAACAAAAUCCCGGCCAACACGAUCAUGCCGGCCAUCAUGAUUUGCCUGAACGGGUUUACAAAUCAUUUCUCCUACCACACGGUAUUCAUGACCUAUGCCAUCUUCUUCAAGGAGCAUCACGGUUGGAACGAGGCGACCUGGGCAGGCAUUGCGCAGACGAGUGGCGACAUCUUUGCUGCGCUGGUCAUCUCGCUUCAUUUGACACGUAAGAAGGUUGACCUGAUGGAGGCACGGGGCAUACGUUGGCUUUGGUAUGCCUCAACAGGCCAGCCCUACAACGUGAGCUGCUGGAUGGUGAUCUGGGUUUUCUUGAAUCUGGCCAUUACCAGCUCGCUUCUCCCCAUCUCCGUCGCGGCGCAGGUGCUCAUGGGAACAGUUUACACCUAUUCCAUGAAGGCAAACACGGACCUGAACGUCUUCUACUCCCUGGGCUCCUCCGAGACCUUCAUCGCGCUGCAGACCGCCGCGCGCAACGGAGACGCGUUUGGCGCGUUUCUGGCCGGCCUCGUGGCCACGCAGCUCUAUGAGGCCGAUCCCUGUGCGCCCUUCUAUGCAUCUGCACUGGUGGUCUUGGUGACCCUGCUGCUGUUCACAGUGUCUUUCUGCCGUCGCCUCGGCUUUGGGCAGAGCAUCGAUGCGGCAGAGGAGGCUCGAUGCAACCGCCUUCGGAUCAAGCGCUCCAGUUCUUGGGGAGCUAGGUCCAUGGGAUGA